UGAGAAGGUGAAUGUACGACGGUGCCUAACGACGCAAUGCAGACCGGAAAUUGCUUCCGAUGCCGUCAGGCUGGUCACUGGAUCAGCGAUUGUCCUCUCAAAUCCAAAACCGAUGAUCCUCCACCGGCGAUUCACUGCCAUUGCGGCGGAGGUUUCUGUGAAAUCAAGGUCGCGAAUACUCGAGAAAAUCCCGGAAGGAAGUUCUACAAAUGUCCAACGGCUCAGGAUUGCAAAUUCUUCAAAUGGUGUGACAAAGUAACCGACGAAGAUAUCAGAUUCCGUCCUGCCUUCACAAUCCCGAUUUGUUCCUGCGGUGCUGGACCUUGCCGGAGAGUUAAAGACGUUUCCGGUAGAGCUUACUUGAUAUGCUGCAUCAAAAAGGGUUUUGGGGCUUGUGGAUUCUUCAAGUGGGAAGAUGUUGAAAGGAUUCCGAGUUGUGAUGUAAUGGAUGAGAUUGAUUUCUGGGUUGAAGCUGAUCAAAUUUUGAGUGAUGUUGAGAGUAGCUUCCAGGCUCGUGGUGGUGUUAUACCGGAAAUUGCAAACCAAAUGGCACCAGAGAAAGAAUGUCAAGCUUCUGUUAGUGGUGAAGAGGAUGAUUCUACAUUAGAAAAUUUGGAUUCCAUUUCAAUGUCUGUUUCUGAUUUACAUUCUACUGCUCUGAACCAAGGUAUCCCUCUGUUUGAUCCAGUUUCGAUCGAACCUGAAGAGCCAUGGAAAAAGACACUACAUGGUGAUCAGCCAACGAAUAGUGCUCUUUCUAUGUUGAGUGUGGAUGAAGCAAUGAGUGAUUUGAUCAGGGAUACGGUUUCUAGUGGUUCUGUUGUGAUACAUGGAAGGAUAACCCGUGAGCAACCUGGAAUUGGUGGAGCUGAGUGGUCAUUUCCUUACUUGCAGGACCUUAUUGAUCAGUACAACUCAGAGAAGCUUCAAUUGGAGAGUAUUUCGGGGAAACAUGUACAAGUGUUGAGUGAAUUUAUGGCUUCAUACAGGCGACUAAGGUUACUUCACGAGAAAACUUGUCAUCUCAGGAAAACUUUACUUGAAACAGAGAAGGAGAUGGUUUGUUGUGAGGCUGAGACAUUAGAAUUUGGAGCAAGUUGCAGGGAAGUGGCUGGAGAAAUGGCUGAAUCUCAGAAAAGGAUGCAGGAGACUGCAGAACAACUAGGGAAAGAAGUAGAAGUGUUUAAGCAAAAUGAGUUUGUUGCUCCGAAGAGAAGAAGAUGCUGAGCUUUGUCAUUGCAAGUGUUGGAAGGUAAUUAUCAGUGGUUAAAUUGGUUUAAACUCUGCAAUUCCAACAUUUUUCACUACCGCAUCGGAUAAUUUGUAUAGACUAGUUAGAUUAAUGGAUUAGUUGAUAGGUGACUGCAAAGCUCGUCGUGCCCUUAAACUUCUCCCAUAUCACUCUCAGGUUUAGAUGAGCCAAAAGCAGACUUACUUUGUUUGUAACUUUUGAAUGUGCUUUAGAAUUAUGAAUCUACUUAGUGCGCUCAUCACAUGGUCGUUUGAUUAAAAGAGUAAUUAGAUU